GGAGGCGGCCGCCGCCUCGCCCUCGCGGGCCGUCACGCGGCCCGGGUCGCCGUCGCGCCCGGGGUCGCCCUCGCGGGCCGUCAGCGAGGUGCAGGACAAGAAGAAGAAGAAGAAGGACAAGAAGGAGAAGAAAGCCAAGCGGAAGGCGGAGAGGGAGGAGGCCCUGAGGCAGAGGAGCCUCACGAAGGGCGACGAGACCGAGCCCGAGCGCGCCGUGACGGAGGAGCGCAAGCUCUCCAAGAAGGAGAAGAAGGCCAGGAAGCGGGAGGCGCGCGAGCGGAGCAUCCGCGAGGACACCGCCGACCCGCCCGAGGGCAAGAAGGGCAAGAAGGAUAAGAGGAAACAGCGCGAACGUGAGGAGGCGGCGGAGGAGGCCGCCGCACGGAGCGACGUGGUCAGCGAGGCCACGCACGUGACCACCCACACGCACGUGACAGGCGUGACCAACGCCACCACUAGGAAGGGCGGCAAGGACAAGGAGGCGGCGGAGCGCCGGAAGCGGGAGCGGGAGGAGCGUGAGCGCCUGGAGCGUGAGCUGGAGGACGAGCUCGCGGCAAUUGCCCCGAAGGGGCCCUCGAAGAAGAAGGC